AUGUCCCACAUUUAUUAUGAACUUUCAGGUUGUUUAACUUUCUCCGAAAAAAAACCCCUCACUGAAAAGAUUAUUAUCAUUGAAGCAAACAAUGUCUUAGAUAGUUUAAUACUAGUGAAGACAACAUUUAGUGCUAUUGAUUUAUUUCCAGAAGACGCUCAAGACGCUCAAGAUGCUCAAGAUGCUCAAGAUGCUCAAGAUGCUCAAGAUGCUCAAGAUGCUCAAGAUGCUCAAGAUGCUCAAGAUGCUCAAGAUGCUCAAGAUGCUCAAGAUGCUCAAGAUGCUCAAAAUGCUCAAGACACUCAAGACACUCAAGUGGAAACAGAUCUUGCACUCAUAAUACUGAAGAUCAUCAGCGUUUUUUUCAAACAUGGAAUCAUCGAUACAAAAUCUUUCCAGAUUGAAAUGUCAACGGGGUUUUUUCACGAUCAUCGGGAACCCUAA